GGGCCUGAUGGGGGCAAGAUGGCGCCUAAAGCGAAAGGGGGUGGCAAAGGAGGCGGCAAAGCCGGCAAGGGCGGCGACAGCGGCGGCAGCAGCGAGGGCAAAGCGCAGGGCCCGAAGGGAGGCGGCAGCGCCGUGAAGGUCCGACACAUCCUGUGCGAGAAGCACGGCCGGGCCAUGGAGGCCAUGGAGAAGCUGAAGUCCGGGCAGCGCUUCAGCGAGGUGGCGGCGCAGUACAGCGAGGACAAGGCCCGGCAAGGGGGGGACCUGGGCUGGAUGAGCAGAGGCUCCAUGGUGGGACCAUUCCAGGAGGCAGCGUUUGCCCUGCCUGUGAGCAGCAUGGACAAGCCCGUGUACACAGACCCUCCCGUCAAGACCAAGUUCGGGUACCACAUUAUCAUGGUGGAAGGCAGGAAAUAAAAUGUGAAUGACCAUGA